AAAUUUGAACCCUCCUCUUAGCAAGAUUUAGCUUGUCAGCUACCCAUCGAGCAAAUAAUCCUGAAUAUAAUGUUCCAGGGAGUAAAUGUCUAUUUAUGAUCAGGAAGAGGAACUGGGUGAAUGUGAUCUUAAUUAAGCAAAUACUAAAAGCAAGCAGAAGAUUGUUUGCUUUACAAAUGAAGCACCUUGCUACAAAUCCACCUACACAAUUGCUGCUAAAAUUGGAGAUAUUCCUCACUUGAAUAAUUCUACAACGCUUGUGGACCCGUCAGUCUACGGUUACGGAGUGCAGAAACGGCCCCUGGAUGAUGGAGGUCUCCGUGUAAGUGGGCUCCAUGGAGCACAGAUCAGAGACACAGAGAGAAUAGGUAACCAGUUAGGGGCCCUGGUACAUCAAAGGGCUGUAAUAACAGAAGAGUUCAAAGUGCCUGAUAAAAUGGUUGGAUUUAUAAUCGGCAGGGGAGGAGAACAGAUCUCACGGAUUCAGAUAGAGUCUGGCUGCAAAAUUCAGAUUGCUCCAGACAGUGGUGGGAUGCCCGAGAGGCCCUGUGUACUCACUGGGACGCCAGAGAGCAUUGAACAAGCAAAACGGCUACUGGGGCAGAUUGUAGAUCGCUGUCGGAACGGACCUGGUUUUCACAACGAUGUUGAUGGCAACAGUACCAUUCAGGAGAUUUUGAUCCCGGCAUCCAAAGUGGGUCUAGUCAUCGGCAAAGGAGGUGAAACAAUAAAACAGUUGCAGGAGCGAACAGGUGUGAAAAUGAUUAUGAUCCAAGAUGGUCCUUUGCCUACUGGAGCAGAUAAACCUCUCCGUAUUACUGGAGAUGCAUUUAAAGUACAGCAAGCGAGGGAAAUGGUACUGGAGAUCAUCCGAGAGAAAGAUCAGGCAGACUUCCGAGGCGUACGCAGUGAUUUCAGUGCUAGAAUGGGAGGAGGCAGCAUAGAGGUCUCUGUGCCCAGGUUUGCUGUUGGAAUUGUGAUAGGAAGAAAUGGAGAAAUGAUCAAAAAGAUUCAGAAUGAUGCUGGAGUUAGGAUUCAAUUUAAACCAGAUGAUGGGAUUAGCAGCGAAAGAGUCGCACAGGUCAUGGGGCUCCCGGAUCGGUGUCAGCACGCAGCACACAUCAUCAGCGAGCUCAUCCUCACGGCACAGGAACGAGAUGGCUUUGGAAGCAUGGCUGUUGCCCGAGGAAGAGGUCGUGGCCGUGGGGACUGGAGUGUUGGAACACCUGGGGGCAUGCAGGAAAUCACCUACACUGUUCCAGCUGACAAGUGUGGCCUCGUUAUAGGCAAAGGUGGUGAGAACAUCAAGAGCAUAAACCAGCAGUCGGGAGCGCACGUGGAGCUGCAGAGAAACCCACCCCCAAACACAGACCCCGGCGUAAGAAUAUUCACAAUCAGAGGGGUCCCCCAGCAAAUCGAGCUCGCUAGACAUCUCAUAGACGAGAAAGUUGGUGGUACCAGCAUGGGUGGACCUGGAGGAUUUGGUCAAAAUCCAUUCAGCCAAGCACCUGCUACACCUCAUCAAAAUGGUCCUCAGGCGUUCAUGACGCAGGGCUGGGGCAGUACCUACCAGACGUGGCAGCAGCCUGGACAGCAAGUCCCAAGCCAACAGAGCCAGCAGCAGAACAGCCAUCCCGAUUACAGCAAAGCAUGGGAGGAGUAUUUCAAAAAACAGAGUCAUGCUGCCAGUGCUGCUUCUCAGGCAAGUUCCCAGCCGGACUACACGAUGGCUUGGGCAGAGUAUUACCGACAGCAGGCUGCCUACUAUGGACAGACACUAGGGCAGGCUCAGGCCCACAGCCAGGAGCAGUAGAACAAGGUCCUCGUGGCAAUUUUUUUUCCUUGGAAUCGUUGUGGAAGAAAACCUUUUUGUAACAGAGGUUUCUAGAUUUGCAACAUUUUGAUGAAGACUUUUCUGUUUGUGAAACACUAGCUGUAGGAUAAUCUAUACUGAACUUUUCUAAGAAUCAGGAACAAUUAGUAAUGUACUAAACGUAUGGACAUGCUGGUAAUUUUGUUUCCAAAUUUAUAUUAAAAAAAAAACAAAAACAACAACCUCCGGGAUUCUUUUUGGAGAGAAGCCAGAGAAUUUGCAGGCACCAAAACGCACCCCAGAGCUGUGACAUUUCAACAUGUGGGUUUUUUUGUGUGAGUUUUGUUUUUUUUUUUUUUCCUUUUAAUUUUCGAUCUUUUCUGUUGGAACAGAGAGUGGCUUGGAAGUCUUAGGUGGUAUGUAACAAAUCUUAAAAAGAAAAAAAAAAAGUUAAACAGUAUUUAAAUAUUCUUAAAUAUGUAAAUUCAUUAAAUGUUUUACUUCUAAUUUCUUGUAUCUUGGCUGUCUUUGAUUUUAUUGCAUUUUUAAAAAACUGAACUAUGGUAUGUAUUGUAAUUAAUGAUAUGAUUUCUGUAUUUGAAACAGUUACUGUUUGCAAGUUCGGGGGGGCAUUUUGUAGGGUUUGUAUAAUUUCUAGAGUCUAAAGGGGUAAUAUAAAAACGUGUUAAUUUUUUUAGCAAUACAUGUUUUCAUGUUUCCAUUGCUAGUUGCAUUUAUGUAUCUAAGACCUCCAAGCUUGUUAAAAAAAAAAAAGACAAAAAAAAAGAAAAUUAAAAAAAACUUCUUCUAUGCUCUCAGAAAUAUAAAUACUGUUAUUUUUAAUAUUAAAAUGAAUCUGCUAUUAGUACCUUUAACAAACACUGUGGAACAUAAAACCGUAUAAAAGGUAGUAACUAUUUUUUAAUUCCAAGGUGUUUUCUGCUUUUUCGUUUCCUUUAAAUAUUUUCUUAUCUAAUAUUUGUCAAAUUACCUAGAGAAAUAAAUGAAUCUAGUAUUAACCACAGUAUGCGCUAAAUAAUUUUGAUUUAAUAAAAGGGAUAAUAUGAUUUCUGAUGUUUACUGUAGUGUUUCUUGUACAGAUAACAGUGUAUUUUUAAAGGAAAAACGGAAUUGAAGCUAUUUUUUCUUGCAUUUUUAAUUGCCCUGCGGGACAUUCCGUUUUUAAAUGUACUGAAUUUACUGUUCUUGGGUUCUUUCCUUAUUUUUCCUUAUGCUUGAAAUGUCUAACUAUAAAGAACCGCGAUUGGAUAAUGUUGAGCAUGGUGUUUAAAAAAAAAAAAAAGUGUUCUUUUUAUUUGACUGACAGUUGCAUUUUACACUCUAUAUAAUAAAAUUUCCACAAGGUGUCUUGUGGGCAAAGUA